AUGUUUCUAAGAAUCACUUAUUUUUCUGAGGAGGAAUCAAAAUCAUACCCACCUGACUUCCCUGGUCCAGUGGAUAAGAAUCUGCCUGUCCAUAUAGGGGACAGGGGCUCGAUCCCUGGUCUGGGAAGAUCCCACCCGCUCCGAGACCACGGAGUCUGUGUGCUGCAACAGCUGAGCCCUUGUGCCUCACAGCCUGUGCUCCACAGAAAAGAAGUCACCACAAUGAGGAGCGCUUGCACUGCAGCGAAGAGUAGCCCCCACCCACCGAGACCAGAGAAAGUCCUCCAGCAGCAGCCAAGGCUCAGCACAGCCAAAAAAGUCAUACCCACCCACAUCUGA